CGACAUUUACAAGGAAGAAGCUGCAUUUGCCCAAGAACACAGGCAGACGCCAUUAGAGACCGUUUCUUGCUUGCUCACCAGCAGAGUGAAAGGGAGUACAGAAGCAUAAGCAGAAGGAGGAAGAAGGCUUUAAUGGAGGCAGAGAAGAAGGGAAGAGAAAAAGUGUGCGUGACUGGGGCAGCUGGCUUCAUAGCUUCGUGGUUUGUCGAGCUUCUCCUCUCCAAAGGCUACAUCGUCCACGGAACUGUCCGGGAUCCCAGCACCCAUGAGAAGAAUGCUCACUUGUGGAGUCUUGACAAGGCACCGGAGAACUUGAAGCUCUUCAAGGCGGAUCUGCUGGACUAUGAUUCUCUAAGAUCAGCAAUCGAGGGAUGCAGUGGAGUUUUCCAUGCUGCCUCCCCCGUCAUAAUAUCCCCUGUCCCGGAUCCGGAGCUAGAAGUGAUCGAGCCUGCAGUGAAGGGGACAUCGAAUGUGUUGAAGGCAAGUCUGGAAGCAAAAGUCAAGAGAGUUGUCUAUGUUUCCUCCUUAGCUGCAGUUGGGAUGAACCCCAACUUGCCAAAGGGCCAAGUCAUAGACGAGACCUGCAGGUCUGACGAGGAUUACUGCAGGAAAAUGGAGAAAUGGUAUUGUCUUUCUAAGACAUUAGCCGAGAAAGAAGCUUUUGGAUUUGCAGAAGGGAAUGGGAUCGAUGUGGUAACAGUUUGCCCUUCCCUCACAUUGGGACCACUUCUGCAGCCCACGGUAAAUGCAAGCAGCAAGAUUCUUGUAGACGUGAUGAAAGGGGUACAUGACCCGGUGCCAAACAGGAUAAGGAACAUUGGGGAUGCACGAGAUGUGGCUGCAGCAAUAGUUCUGGCAUACGAGAAACCCGAGGCCAAAGGAAGAUAUAUAUGCACCGGUUACCCCAUUAAGAUGUUGGAUUUAGUUAACAAGCUCAGGAGUCUCUAUCCUGGCUAUUCCUACCCAACAACAUUCACUGACAUUGAGGAAAACGUUGUAAUCAGCACAAGAAAGCUGCAGGGACUGGGCUGGACUGCCCGGCCACUGGAGGAAACUCUAGUUGAUUCAGUCGAAAGUUUUCGCAGGAUUGGAAUACUGUAAACCUAGGAUGAAUUAUUCGCACAUUUUGGUUCUGCUGAUACGAUAAAUAAUGUCUUUUGGCUUAUAAUUAGAGUUAUGUUCCUGCACAAGGGACGAGCCAUUUAUCUCGUCACAAUCACCCUCCGAAUGUCCUGUCUUUGGAUUGUGGGGGAUGAUAUAUGGUCAUGUAAACGCAUAUUAUUUGGCAUGUCUUCGAGUUACAAUAAACAUCAUGGAAAACUAUUUUAUGGCCGUA